AGACGGAGAACAGCCACGAGACUUGCUGAGACCUGUGUUGACUCUUGCCACACAAGAUGACAGCAAGAGAUGGGCCACAGGAUAGGUACAAGGCUGUCUGGCUGAUCUUCUUCAUCCUUGGCCUGGGAACGCUGCUGCCAUGGAAUUUCUUCAUGACUGCCAGGGAGUAUUUCAUCAGCCGCCUAAAAGACCCAGAGGAGACAAGCCAUGUCAGGAACCAGACCGGUGAGGUCGCUCUGUCCUACCUGCAGUCCAUGUAUGACAACUUCAUGACUCUCUGCGCCAUGGUGCCCCUCCUCAUCUUCACCUGCCUCAACUCCUUCAUCCAUGAGCGGAUUCCCCAGCAAAUCCGCAUCUCGGGCAGCCUGAUGGCCAUUGGGCUGGUAUUUUUAGUCACUGCGAUCAUGGUGAAGGUACCCAUGGAACCUCUUCCCUUCUUCAUCUUUACCAUGAUCAGCAUCGUCUUCAUCAACUCCUUCGGCGCCAUUCUCCAGGGAAGCCUUUUUGGGCUGGCAGGGCUCCUGCCUGCCAGCUACACAGCCCCCAUCAUGAGUGGGCAGGGCUUGGCAGGCACCUUUGCUGCUUUGGCGAUGAUCUUCAGUAUUGCCAUUGGUGCCCAGCAACCUGAGAGCUUCAUUGGUUACUUCACAACGGCCUGUGUGGCGAUCGUGCUGGCAAUCUUCUCCUACAUCAUUCUGCCUCGCAUGGAUUUCUUCCGAUACUACUCCAUGAAGGACAAGACAGAGUACCGUGUGUACAAUGCAGAGCUGGAGACCAAAAGAGACCUGAUUAAGAAAGAUGAGAACGGAAUGGAGCAGAGUAACUCAAAGAUCAUCCCUAUCCACAACCCUGAUGAGAAGCCCUCCGUUGUUGCUAUUUUUAAGAAGCUCUGGAUCAUGGCUCUGUCUGUCUGCUUUGUCUUCACUGUCACCAUCGGCGUCUUUCCUGCCAUCACAGCUAAGGUGUCCACUGUCCUCGGAGAGGGAAACAGAUGGGGUCUCUACUUCAUUCCUGUCUCCUGCUUUCUGCUUUUUAAUGUUUUUGACUGGACGGGACGGAGUCUCACUGCCCUCUUCACAUGGCCCGGGAAGGACAGCUGCCUCCUGCCAGUGUUGGUGGUCCUCCGUGUUAUCUUUGUCCCUCUUUUCAUGCUGUGCAACGUGAAGCCCCGUCACUACCUGCCCGUCAUAUUCUCUCAUGACGCCUGGUACAUCAUCUUCAUGAUCUUCUUCUCCAUCUCCAACGGCUACCUGGCCAGCCUUUGCAUGUGCUUCGGGCCCAAGAAAGUGCUUGCCCACGAAGCAGAGACAGCUGGAGCCGUCAUGGCCUUUUUCCUGUCGCUGGGCUUGGCCCUAGGAGCUGCCAUCUCCUUUCUGUUCCGAAUUCUCAUCUAG